CAUCUUUCAUUCAUUCUGCAAGCGGUUUCACACAGCUGUACAGGAGAACCGAGAGCGAGAAGCCGCAGAGCAGAGACGCAAGCGGAAGGAGAGCAUGCGCACUACAGCAAAACGGCGCUCCACAGUUCCCAACUCACGACCUGAGCCUGAGUGGGACUCCUGCAGCUUGAACUCGGCCUUACACAGCUUUCUGUCCACCGCUCCAGAAGGAUUAGCCAGAUGUAGGAGAAACAUGAUGCCCCCAAUUGAAGGAUCCCCCUCUGACCACAGUUCUCAGACUGUUCCAUCUGAAGAAAUAUCUGAGGCUACAAGAGAGAGGCCUGAGAAGAAACAACCCAAACUGCAGAAAGAGGAUGAGCAGCUUGCAGGACUGGAAAACAAAGAGGAAGCUGAGAAGAUGCGCGAGGUAACUCGAAAGGUGCUUCGCUACCAACGCAGCAAAGGUCAGCUUGAUGGAGACAGAGUUUCAGGCACUCCAUGCCGGUCAGAGCGAGUGCAACACAGUCCAGCUACUCCGAGUACUCCUCAGCCUAGAACCAGAGACUUCUUCUUUGCCAACAAUGGGGAGUUUGGGUCCCCGUGGACUAUCCUGAGUCCUUUUGUUUGCCCCCGAAGGAACACCCCACAGAGAAACAGGCAAGCACACCAACAAAGACUGUUCUCCACACCUGGAUUAGAAGACCUUGAUGAUGGAGUCUGGGAGAGUGACGACGGCAGUAGUCUUCUAAAUGGUGCCAUUCGGGACAGCCAAAUAUCUCAUUCUGGUUCUGCGUCUCUUCCUGAGUGCCAUAGCCGCAGGCCUGUGUCUCAGGGUCCAGUCCUUAGAUCUGUUUCUAUGGAUGAAACCAGCAGAUCUCCAGCAUCUGGAUUCCGGCUGGGGAACCUCUUUCAGCGAAGCAAAUCUCAGAGGUCAUACUCCUCUGGCUCAAGGACAGAAAAUACGCAAGAAGGAACAGGAGUCUAUCCUAAUCAUAUAGACGGUCAAGUGUCCACCUCUGGCUUCAUAUCCUUCUUCAGACGCAUUGGUGGCAGAAGUAAACCUGGUGAUGCAGAAGAACAAGGGUUAUGAUAAUUUUAUUUACAGACAAAUUUAUGUUUUAAACUGUUUUGUCUUUUUUUCCUGUUGUGGUUUUAUCCUUUAAUGUAUCCAAGGCAAAUGGGGACUUGCUUUGAACUGUGUAGGUCUUGGUUUUUGGGAGUCAAAUCACAUUCAAAAAUCAGCACAUCUUUCUUUUUUGUGUUUAUGUGCGCAAUAAAGGAUAGCAUUGUCUUUU